AAAGCGUUCCCUUCCAUCAACUUAUGCAAACGGUAAAGGGUGGUAGAUCUCUUUCAGAGUUUCCACGUUUUCUGUGGUUUGAGGAGACGGCUUUUUGGUUUUGAGAUUUGACCAUGGAGUUCUUAGACGAAGAUGCCCGACCCAGAUUCGUCCUCCAAUCGAAGCCUACACCCGAACCCGCCCAAUCGUCCCAAGAUCCCCCAUCUCUCCGUAAACCCACUCUCUUCAUUUCUCUCACUGUCUCUGCUCUUUUCCUCGCUCUGUCAUUCCUCUACUUCACCUUAGAUCCCUUCCAAUCCCUCUUCAUAUGGUUCUCUCUUUCCCUCCUCGUCGGCCCAUUUGCUCCCCUCUCCCUCACCGCCGGCGACAUCCGGGUCGGCCUUGGCCCACCCCUACCCGAACCCACAAAGGAAACCGAAAUAUCUGAUGAGGUUAGCAAAAGAAGUGGUAAAAGGUCAGUAAAAUCUACAAGGAGACAAGACGGGUCAGGAAAUGGAUCCGGGUCAACCAGGCCGGAUUACGGCUGGGAAGCGGUGGAACAAAAUGGGUUUUCGGUGAAUCGAAAUGGGUUGGUUGCAAAAUUUGAGAAGAGCGAGGGGAAGGUUGUGAAUGAGGAGGUGCAGUGGGAUGCGGGGGAUGAUGAGUUGUUGAAGAAGUUGAUGGGGAAGCAUCCGGUAGGGAAGCCGGGACGUUGGGAGGCGGUAACUGAGGGUUUUAAGGGCAGGCAUAGCGUAGACAGUGUGAUAAAGAGAUCAAAGGAAUUGGGGGAAAAAAAAGUGAGUGACGAGGAUAGUUAUAAGAAGUUUUUGAAGGAUAGGAAGCCGGUGGAUAGGCGAAUCGAGGGGGGAAAUGAGAGUCAUGUUGGAGGAUUGCAGAGCGUUGAAGCGAAGGGAGACAGUAGUGGAUGGAGUGCUGGGGAGGAUUUAGCAUUGCUUAAUGCUCUAAAAGCCUUUCCUAAGGAUGUACCAAUGAGGUGGGAGAAGAUUGCAGCUGCAGUGCCGGGGAAAACGAAGCCAGCUUGUAUGAAAAGAGUGGCAGAAUUGAAGAAGGAUUUCAGGAGUUCUAAGGCUGGUUCUAGUGAGGCUUAAAUGAGAGAGUGGCAAUCGAAUUCUGACUGCCUUGAGAAGGAAAUGAUCCUGUGGCCAUUUCGUGGGAGCUUUUCAAACUGGCAUGCGACAUAGUAAUUCUGGGGAUAUGACCUAGUGUCUUGCUAUAAAAUGUAAAUGCAUCAUGCAAUAAGCUCAGGGCAUUAUUGUGCAGAUUGAAGGAUGAAAUGAACGAAACACUGGGGCAGGGGAGGGCUCUUAUAAUACUUCCCACUGAGAGGUUUAGGGUUCAAAUUUUGGGCAUGACAAUUAGAGGUGGGAAGGGUGAAGGGAUGGGUAAAAACAAAAAAAAAAAAAAGAAGAAGCAGAAGAAGGUGAACUAUGGGAUGGUUUGUAUGAGUGCUGAUCUUACUCAAUUUUAAGUGUGCUAAAACUACUCAAUUGAGUCCGUUGCAGGAUGCAUAAAUUGUU